CCCUCUAUGCCUCUUACCUCGAACUCGUACAUUUCAACUGUGCAAAAUGCAACAAGUCUUUGCUCUUUUCCUCAUCAGUGUGAUACAUUCAUCAAGGUGUGAUCUGUGUAAAAUAUGCGAGUGUUCAUCAUCAGGUGAUUUAAUUGAAUACGAUUGCGGUGGAAAAUUGGCACAAGACAGUGAUGAUUUCGAACUACUGUCAUUCAUUCUGGAAAAUCCACCGAAUAAAUUGAUUUUAUCGAAUAAUUGGAUUAAUGAUACAUCAUUGGAGAGAAUUAAAUACCUGACUGGUUUAAACGUCCUCGUUCUGUCUCAUAAUAAUAUUACGAAAAUAGAUCCUGGAAUUUUCGAGUCGCUCACUAAACUGCGGAUGUUGGAUUUAUCGUGGAAUAACAUAAAAAAUUUCGAUAUUCAGGCAUUAGCCAAGGGAAGAUCUCUAGAAUACCUUGAUUUGGGACAUAAUAAAAUUGAAAGUAUCAACGGCUCAUUGACUACUCCUUCACCAGCUCUGAAUGGCCUCUCUUUAUCGAAUAAUAUAGUAAAGGAACUGCCGAACAAUUUUACGAAUAACUUUCCUAAAUUAUCGACAUUAGAUUUGUCAAAUAAUUCCUUCACUUCAUUCGAACAUUAUCCCUCCAAUAUUGACGGUCUAAAGUCUUUAAAUUUGGAGUAUAAUUACCUCAACUCAACGAUUAUCCAAGCCAACAUUCGAGAGUUGCGGAUGGGAUACAACGAAUUAACAUCUUUGCCCACAAAUUUAACUGUCGAAUCGUUGAGUAUUGAAAAUAAUCAAAUUCAGGAGAUCCAUCAUGAUGAGAGAUUGUUCAGUACUUUGAAAUAUUUAAACAUCAGUGGUAACAGCCUGUCGACGAUAUCAAAUUUUAGCUUUCCAAUGUUGAAGACUUUGGAUAUUUCUAAUAAUAUAUUUGUGUCGAUGCCUGAAAAUUUAAUGAGCCUCAAUUUUCCGAGUCUUGAAACGCUCGUCGUCAAUGAAAAUCCAAUCAAGGAGUUGAAAUUUUUUAAUGAGCUGAACCUUCAAAAUUUUAUUAUGAAAAAUACAACUUUGCUCAAUGCCAUAUACGAUGAUGCACUCGAGAAAUUGAAAGGACGUAACGGGGACUGUAUGAAUAUCACUAUUUCUUGGAAUAAAAAUUUGAAAACCUUUGAUGAAGACUCGAUCCGUGAGUUAGACAUUUGUUAUUUAGACAUCAGUGAAAACGGCCUGACCAGAAUGUCCCAAAAGCUGGAGAAGGUUUUGAACGGAACAUUGCCAAAGUAUGGAGUGAAUUUACAAGGAAACCCUUUCAUCUGCGACUGCAAAUCCGAGUGGAUGCUAGAAAACUUAGUCCCCAAACUUUACGCUCUCAACCCUGACCUUCUGAUUGAUCUCAAAUGCGCCAGCCCAAAAAAAUUAUUAGACCAGAGAAUGGUCCAUUGGAUGAAAUGGAAAGGCCAGGUUUUUUGCGACGAUGACCUAAACAGAAAUGAAUUCAGCCGACUCGAAGUAUUCGAAGGAAAUGACCACUUUUUCCACAGAAAAAAUACAAUUACCCUCAAGUCUGGAAGUGGGAUGCUUUUAAUUGUCAUCAGUGCAGCUGUCAGUGUUUUACUACUGGUAAUAACCGGCAUAGUCAUUUCUCACAAACUUGCGGUAAAAAAAAGACGCUCUAACCGACGAUUUUAAAUAAUCUUUUUGUUUUGCAAAUAAAAACUGGUAAAUUAAAUAAAUAAAAAAACAGAUA